AUGUCACAUAUGUUGCUUCAUGUUUUGGGGCAUUCAAUCUUUUGGGACAGUUCAUUAGAAAUGUUGUUGCACGCAGUAGUAGCCUCAUCUAGACUAUUGAAGACCCGAAAUGGUACCUACUUUUCAGGGGAACACUAAGCUCCAUUGUCCACUUACCAAAGGUAGGUCGCAUUACCUCUUUCUAGCUCUUGCUUCUUGUUGAUGAUUCUGCAACUUUUCUGUUGUUUGUUGAUUAUUCUCCAUAUUGAAACUUCAAUAGUGCAGACAAAAAUCGUUAGAUAUUCAUGAAGCAUAAAUACAUGCCUCACAAACAAAUGAAAUAAGAGAGGCUAUCCUUCGUGAUAUACUCCUUAAUUUUCCUUCCUAGGAGAAAUGUUUGGAUUGGCCUGACAUCUAUCGAAUGUGAUUUCAUAGUGAAAUCGUUCUAAUAAAUCUGUUAUGAAAAUUUCAUGGAUUCUGCUAGAGUUGAAGUAUUUAUCACAUUCUGCAUUUGGUAAGAUUUCUUCCCCAAGUGUAACCUGUCUUAGUCAAAACUCAUGGAUCAAAUUAUCAAUUAUUUUUCUUUAUAAAUGUGAUGAUUUUGUCACAACAUUCAUUAAAUUUUCUGAAAUUCUUUUCUCUUACAAAUGUCUUUUAGAAGCAUUUGAAAAAGAUUCAAAUUUGAUACAUAAAAAUAAAAUUUCCCAUUAUUAAAAACAUUAAAACACACUUGGAUGGCAAUAAUAUUAUUAGCAACCUACCAAUAGGCAUAUUAAAUCCAUUUGUGCAUUGAUAUGUGUAGGUCUCCAAAUUCAUUAGAAAACCAAAUCUCCAAAUAGUUUCAGAAAUCUUUCUAAGAUAUUAACAUAAAGGAAUGGCUACCAAUAAGGAACCAAAUUUUAGAAAAUUUCAUGAAUACUGUGAUAAAAUCAUCAUAUUUAUAAACGAAAAUCCUUGAGGAUAUGAUCCACAAUAUUUGUAGAAGAAAUAGGUUACACUUGGGUAAGAAGUCUCACCAAAUGCAAUGUGUGAUAAAUACUUAUACUCUAACAUAAUCCAUGAAAUUAUGACAGAAGAUUUAUUACAAUUAUUUCAACAUCAAAUCACAUUCCAUAAAUGUCAUGCUAAUUAAACAUUCCUCUUUUGAAGGGAAAUCAAGGAGAAUAUUGCAAAGGAUAACCUUUCUAAUUUCAUUCAUUUGAGAUAUGUAUAUAUCCUUUAUGAGUGUAUACUGAUUUUUUUCUGCAUUAUUGAAGUUUCAACCUAGAAAAUAAUCAAGAACACAAUCAAGUACAAACAACAAAAAUAAUUGAAGAAUCAACAAAAAGAAGCAAGGGCUGUAAAGAGGUAGAUAAAUGUGACCUACCUCUAGUAAGUGGACUGUGGAGCUUAUUGAUCCCCUGAAAAAUAGGUAUAAAUUCAGGGCCUUUAAUAGUCUAGAUGAGGCUACAACUGUGUACGACAACUUUGCUAGUGAACUGUCCCAGAAGAUUGAAUGUCAUGGAACACUAAGCAACAUACAUGACACGGAAUCUGAUGUAUUGGAACUUUUUCUUUUAGUCCAAUUUUAGUUCUUAUGAGGUUUUAGUUAUAUAACCUCAGUUAAGAUGACUUGAUAUGACAUUUUAUGGUGUAUGUGAUCCUAAGCUUUCUCCUGUCUAUUUUUUUCCAUUUUGAUUUUUCGUGGAAAAUUUCUCUUUACAAAAAGUUGAAUUUUAUACAUAAAGUAAUAUUUGGGGAUUUACAUUUUUUUUGAAUGAAUCGAUAAAUUAAAAGGUUUAAUGAUCAUAUAUAAGAAAAAUUUCAAGAAAAAAUGAAUAAUAAAUUGUGAAAAUAACAUUAGUAGUUUUUUUAAAAAAAUAACAUCAAUGAAAUUUCAAGAAAAUAUCUUUUUGACUAAUUUCAAAUUUAAAAUGGUAUUCUAAAAUUAAAUCAUUUAUUGAAAGUUGUCACUUUUUUUUCUUAAGGUUCCUGUCAAGAGCAAUGGCUUUCUCUCAGCUGAUAUUGCCUCCUCUGCCGACCUGUGA